AUGGCGAUCCCAUUGAACCUCGUGUCUCGGAGUCCAUCGCCCACCCGUUGCAUGUCUCGCCCCGUCGCGGCGGAUGCCAAACUUACCCGCGCCCGCAGGGUGAAAUCAGAUGAUAUUCAUGCUGAGGAGCUGCUCAUGGGGCACCACGUACAGUUCAUCACUAGCUACGGGCCGUCGAAUAAGCGAGCAACCGGCGACGCUUCAGGGGCUGUCAUCGUCCGGCCUACUGGAGGCUACAAGGAGCGUGGACGUGAUUAG